UGCCGGUCGCGUGCCCAAGGAACAGUUGGAAAUCUACGACUACGAGAUUGAAACUACUACUCCCACCGAAAUAUUGGAUUCCCUGAGCGAUAUGUACGAACUCUUACAAGAAGAAGACAUGUGGUCCGGUCUGUGGCAGAAGCACGCUCGGUACCGCGAGACCAACCUUGCGAUUGCCUACGAGCAGCAAGGAUUUUACGAACUGGCGCAGGGCGCCUACGACACCGCAAUGAGCAAACUCAAACAAGAGUACGCAGCCAAUCCAUCCUCAUACAACAUGCACAAGGAGUGCACACUCUGGACGCAGCACUGGAUCAAAUGUGCCAAAGAGUUGAACCAAUGGGACUCUCUGCUUGAACUAGGGUUGACUCGCAGCGUUCGCGAUCCGUUCCUUAUAUUGGAGAGCGCGUGGAGGAACCCUAAUUGGACGACUAUGAAGGAUGCACUUGCUGAAGUGGAGUACAACUGUCCUAAAGAAUUGGCGUGGCUGGUGAAUCUGUACCGCGGCUACCUCUGCAUCUGCGCGGGCGUGGAGCAGCAGCUGAGCGGCGUGGAGCGCCACGCGGAGGCCGCGGCGGCGCAGUGCCUGCGCGAGUGGCGCCGCCUGCCGCGCGUCGUGUCGCACGCGCACCUGCCGCUACUGCGGGCCGCGCAACAACUCAUGGAGCUUAGCGAAGCGGCGCAGAUACACACCGGUCUUGUCCACAGCCGACCUACGUCACUCCAUGACAUGAAAGCCAUCGUGAAGACGUGGCGCAACCGUCUCCCUGUUGUCGCGGACCCGCUGUCUCACUGGGGCGCCAUAUUCACGUGGCGACAACACCACUAUCAGUUCAUAGCUUCACACUACGACUCGCAGACAGACCACGCGAGCAACCAUAGCAUGCUGGGUGUCCAUGCAAGUGCCCAGGCAAUAAUCCACUUCGCAAAAAUAGCAAGAAAACACAGUCUCUCCGGCGUGUGCCUAGAUUCGCUCCACCGCAUCUACACAAUCCCAAGCGUCCCGAUAGUCGAUUGCUUCCAGAAAAUCAGACAGCAAGUCAAGUGCCAUAUACAAAUGUCUUGGACCGAGGGCAAGGACGAACUACAAGAAGGCCUUGACAUGAUCGAAUCAACCAACUUCAAAUAUUUCACAAAAGAAAUGACUGCCGAGUUCUACGCCUUCAAAGGACUGCUAUUAGCUCAGUUGGGGCGUUCGGAAGAUGCUAACAAAGCAUUCGCGGCCGCAGUACAACUACACGACACGUUGGUGAAAGCUUGGGCACUGUGGGGAGAUUACUUGGAGCAGAUAUUCAUCAGGGACCCGCGACAGAUCCAAGUGGGAGUGUCGGCUAUGACGUGCUUCCUGCACGCUUGCCGGCAUCAGAAUGAAUCUAAGUCGAGGAAAUACUGCGCUAAGGUCCUUUGGAUGCUAAGUUACGAUGACGAGAAGAACAGUCUAGCGGAGGCAUUGGACAAAUACUCAGUAGGGGUUCCGCCGGUUCAGUGGCUUCCUUGGAUCCCGCAGCUGCUCGCCUGCCUCGUGCAGUACGACGGCAACGUCAUCCUUAACUUGCUGAGUCACGUUGGACGAUUGUACCCGCAGGCGGUGUAUUUCCCUAUUCGGACCCUGUACUUGACAUUGAAGAUAGAACAACGCGAGAGGCACAAAACCGCGGAAAAUUUGGCCUCGAAUCUACCACACCAGUCUGCCGCUCCGGGAAGGACGGCAGAGCAAGGCGCAUCGUCUUCCAGCGGCGGUCCCACGGGCGAGACCGGCCCCAUCAAGGCCACGCUGCCCAUGUGGCGCUGCUCGAAGAUCAUGCAGCUGCAACGAGAGAUACAUCCCACCGUGCUCUCCUCGCUAGAGGGCAUCGUUGAUCAGAUGGUGUGGUUCCGCGAGAACUGGUACGAAGAGGUGCUGCGGCAGCUGCGCGCGGGGCUGGCCAAGUGCCACGUGGUCGCCUUCCACCACCGCGCCGCCGUCGCCGACGCCACCGUCACCCCCCACACGCUCAACUUCAUCAAGAAGGUCGUCUCCACCUUCGGCAUCUGCAUUGGAAUCGGGAUAAAAAAUGUUUCAAGUGGUGUAUUCUCUUCAGCCGCCUCCGAGAGCCUGGCGCGGCGCGCGCAGGCCACCGUGCAGGACCCGGUGUUCCAGAAGAUGAAGACGCAGUUCACCAGCGACUUCGACUUCACACAGCCCAAUGCGAUGAAGCUGCAGAAUCUCAUACAGAAGCUGAGGAAGUGGGUCAAGAUUUUGGAGGCGAAGACUAAGGUUUUGCCCAAGUCAUUCCUGAUAGAAGAGAAAUGCCGAUUCCUAUCCAACUUCAGCCUAAAGACGGCCGAGGUCGAGCUACCCGGCGAGUUCCUGCUCCCCAAGCAUUCUCAUUACCACGUCCGCAUAGCGCGCUUCAUGCCGCGCGUCGAGAUCGUGCAGAAACACAACACGUCCGCGCGCAGACUGUACAUCCGCGGACACAACGGGAAGAUAUACCCGUACCUGGUCGUGAACGACUCGGGCCUAGGGGACGCCCGGCGCGAGGAGCGCGUGCUGCAGCUGCUCCGCAUGCUCAACCACUACCUGGGCAAGCAGAAGGAAACAUCCAGAAGAUUCCUGCAUUUCACAGUACCGCGCGUCGUUUCGGUGUCACCGCAGAUGCGUCUCGUAGAAGACAAUCCCAGCUCGAUAUCGCUGUUGGAUAUUUACCGCACCGAGUGCGCCAACAGGGGCGUGGAGUACGACGCGCCAGUGGCGCGCUACUACGAGCGGCUGGCCGCCGUGCAGGCGCGCGGCUCGCAGGCCUCGCACCAGGUGUUAAGGGACAUUCUACGGGAGGUGCAAUCUACGAUGGUGCCAAAAGGCAUGCUCCGCGAGUGGGCGGCGGCGACGUUCGCCGCGCCCACCGACUACUGGACGUUCAGGAAGAUGCUCACUCUUCAGCUCUCGCUGGCCGGCUUCGCCGAGUACGUGCUCCACCUCACGCGCCUCAACCCCGACAUGAUGUACGUGCACCAGGACUCGGGGCUGCUCAACGUGUCCUACUUCAAGUUCGACGUCGACGACACCACAGGCGAACUAGACGGGAACCGUCCGGUGCCGUUCCGGCUGACGCCCAACAUCUCGGAGCUCCUCACCACCAUCGGCAUCACGGGGCCCCUCACCGCCUCCGCCAUCUCCGUCGCGCGGUGCCUCGUCACGCCUAACUUCAAGAUACAAUCGAUCCUCCGCACGAUCCUGCGAGACGAGAUGGUAACCGGCUACAGGAAGCGCCUGGAAGACAAGUCCGGCCUCGCCGCCGCCGCCGGCACCUCCGCGGAGAACAAACCCAUGGAAAUGGACAACGAGACCAUCAUCAACAUGGUCACCAAGGCCGUGACGGCCAUCACCGGCCGGCUCACCUUCUUGGCCCAGUUCGAUGGCCCCGACAGCAAGGUGGCUACUCUAGUCACCGCCGCCGCCAGCCACGACAACCUCUGCCGCAUGGACCCGGCCUGGCAUCCGUGGCUGUAAACAAACAUUAUUGGUCCUUCGAGCCGGAUUGCGUAAAAUUAAUUGGUUAUGCACAAUCUUGUUAUUUUAUUUCUGAUAUAUAAACUUGUGAUAACGUAAUUUGGUCCUUCGAGCCGAAUGAAUCCCGUAGAUUGAAUACAAUCAGUUGAUUUUACACUUUCAUUAUGUUUCAGUUUAUUGUAAAAAGUACAAUUUAUUAGGUUAUAAAAAUAAUUGUGUUUAAGAUUUUUGCUAUCUUUACUCAAUAUACUAACGUUUCAAAGAACCCUUGUACGUGUUCGCGUACCUAUUGUUUAUUGUCAUAACGUUUAUACAAGUAUAAAAGGGUUUUUAGUUUAUGUGUCGAACUGAAGUCUUUUUGGAUUAGUUUCCUUUAUUAUUUUAAGGGUCUCAUAUAGAAGUAAGAAAUACCAACGAAUUAGAACUCAUAAACAGACUAUUCUGACUAAUUCAUAGGGUAAUACCCCGUAUUCAUACCGCAUAUGACAAAUACCUGACGAGAAAUUUCUCUUGCA